AUGUCCGACGCAGACCAAGAGGUUAAGAAGGCUCGGCCGCAGUCCACUAUGGCGCUGGCUUUCUCUUCUGCACUAGAUUCUGCUUUCUCGCUAGACAGCGAUGUUGACUAUCUCUCGCAAACCAUCGAUCAGAAAAAAUACGAGAUGAUGAUCCAGGAACGAGAGUUAGAAGAACUCCAGGCCAAAAUUCGCCAGGCCGAAGAACGACUGAAAGCGCGUGGAUCAGUGAUUAUGAGUGGUAACAAUCAAUCUUCAGGGGUGCAUAGAGAUGGCGGGUACCAGUCCACAGAAUCAGCCACAACAUCGCCAACGGACUCGGCGGGCCAGUACUCGAGCGGCGACGAACAACGGCAGCGACCAGGCGACCGGCAGCAGGGACGCAAUUCCUGA